AUGGAAGGAAAGACGAGUCUGGAUGCAGCUGCUUCUGGCCGAAAUUCAAGCGCAGCUGGGGAGAAUCGAUCAAUGAUAGCCGGCCGUGGCCAAGGCGGUCAGCCGCGACCCCCAAAUUCUUUCACCAUCCGGUGCUGGACGGUCCACGCCUAUCUCCAACUAUCUCGUCCGCUGCUGCUGUGCUCUGCCGGCGCCUGUUCUUCUCUUCCCCGGUCGAUUCCCUGUCAUGGUCGACUGCCUACCGACCUUUUGAUCUACACAAUGGCGGGUUUACAGACUCGUUCGACCAUGUCCCUUCCGUUCUCCCUCUCUGCGGCUUUUCGCAACCUUUCCGUCACGACCCCCAAACGUUCCUUCUCCACGACAUUGGCGGCACAGAAGACGAAACAAUUGCCGGAUUACAUCCCUCCUUACCCCUACGGUCCGAACUAUGUCUUCAAGCAGUCCAACUCUGGUCUCUACGGAGGCGCGAUGAUCCAAUUCGGAAACAAGAUCUCACAAGGCCGCAAUGAGGGCAAGACCCGCCGAUUCUGGAAGCCCAACGUUCGUCGGAAGAAGCUCUACAGCGAAGCACUCGGAGAGGACCUUUUCAUCAAGGUCACGCGCAAAGCGCUGCGCACGAUCCGGAAGGCCGGUGGCCUCGACAACUACCUUCUGAGCGACCGCCCGGGCCGUAUCAGGGAGAUGGGUAUCUUUGGCUGGGAGUUGCGGUGGAAGAUAAUGCAGACGCCCAAGAUUCAAGAGAGAUUCCGGGAAGAGCGGAAAAAGCUGGGUAUACCCGAACCUCCUACGUUCGAGGAGUGGGUGAAGCAGAAGGAGGACGAGAUCAAGGCGAAGGUGGAGGAGGAGACGAAUAUCAAGGAGAUCACGAAGCCAACGUACAACGAGAAACAGUACUAG